GCACAGUUAAUGAUGCCAUGUGAAUCAACAGAUUUGUAGACUGCAAAGGAGUAAGGAGAGUUUUAGAAAGAGGGAGAACCACAAUCCUUUACCAGUUUUGACAACUUGUGUAUGUGUCAGAGAAAAAUACUGAGAAAUGGUAAAUUUACAGAAACUAUCAAAAGAGGACGAACUAAAAAUAUUCAAAAUAUUGUGUGUGGCGCUGGUUGUCUGUUUAAUUGUUGUAUCUCUUGGACUUGGACUGGGAUUGGGUCUGAAACAUCAGUCAUCUCCUAAUGAUGAGAAGGGAGGGGAGCCAUCCUGGCUGGAAGAUCAGUGUGAAGAAAUCAAAACUCCUGAAUGUCCUACAGGAUUUUCCCGUCCACCUUUGAUACUACUUUCAUUAGAUGGAUUCAGAGCUGGGUAUCUAAAAACAUGGGACAACUUCCUCCCAGUUAUUGAGAAACUCAAAACCUGUGGAACGCACUCCAAGUAUAUGAGAGCCAUGUACCCCACUAAAACAUUUCCCAAUCACUACACGAUUGUCACGGGACUGUAUGCCGAAACCCAUGGCAUAGUUGACAACAACAUGUAUGAUUACGAACUUAAUAAGUCCUUUUCUCUGUCUGGUGAUGAAAAGAACAACCCAAAAUGGUGGGGAGGGCAGCCAAUAUGGCUGACAGCCAUGUAUCAGGGUCUGAAAGCAGGCACGUUCUUCUGGCCUGGAUCGGAAGUUAAAAUAAAUGGGACUUACCCGGACAAAUAUGUAAAGUUUAAUUCAUCUAUUCCAUUUGAAGAAAGAGUACGUACUGUUUUGGAAUGGUUAAGUUUACCUGAGUCUGAAAGGCCAGAUUUUUACACCCUUUAUUUUGAUGAACCAGACCACGCAGGACAUAAUUCCGGCCCUGGCAGUGGUGAAGUGGUUGAAGCUUUGCAGUUGGUUGAUCGGAUUGUAGGAAUGUUGAUGGACGAGCUUAAAAAGAGGAACUUGCAUAAAUGUGUGAACCUCAUCAUUGUAGCAGAUCACGGUAUGGAAAAUACUUACUGUGAUCAAACUGAGUUUAUGACAAACUACUUUGACAGUGUAAAGAAUUUACAUGUUUAUAGUGGUCCGGCUGCUCGCAUCCGAGCCAAAAAAGUUCCAGAGGAUUAUUUGAAAUUUGAUGCAGAAGGAAUUGUUCAGAGCCUUUCUUGCAGAUUCUCCAACCAGCAUUUUAUACCUUAUAUGGCAUAUGAGCUGCCAAAACGUUUCCACUAUGCCAACAACAGAAGGAUAAGUAAGGAGGUCCAUCUGUACUUGGAUAAGCAAUGGCAGGCUGCACGAGACAAGUCAUAUAAUUUCUGUGGUGGUGGAAAUCAUGGCUAUGAUAAUGAAUAUAAAAGUAUGCGUGCUAUUUUCAUAGGUCACGGGCCUGGCUUCAAAUUCAAGACGGAGGCUGGUCCAUUUGACAAUAUUGAACUCUACAACCUGAUGUGUGAUAUGUUGCAUAUCAUACCUUCGCCUAAUAAUGGAACUCACGGGAGCUUAAAUCACCUGCUGAGGAAUCCUCCUAAGAGUCCUACUCUUCCUGCUGAGGUAUCUGGUUUAUCUAACUGCCCCCUCUCCACACGAAAUUCAAGUGACAACUUGGGAUGUUUAUGCGAUAAUUCAACAAUCACAAUUAAGGAAAUGAAUGAAAACAUCAACCUAACGGCUGAACAAGUCAAAACAGCUGGAGCAAUAAGCAUGCCAUAUGGAAGACCAAGAGUUUUACAGAAGAACAGCAAAUAUUGCCUCUUGACACAUAAAUCUUACACAAAUGGAUAUAGUUCUGACAUUUUAAUGCCUUUAUGGAGUGCAUAUAAUGUUAACAAAUCGCAGGGACAGUCUGUUCUACCCCCUGACAUUCACAACUGCCUACGGGCUGAUCCUCGAAUCUCUCCAAGUAACAGCCAGCGGUGUUCAUAUUAUAAUACAGCUUCAAACAUCACCUACGGGUUUCUAUAUCCUCCCAAUAUGGUAACAGGAAAUCAACAAUAUGAUGCAUUAAUUACCAGCAAUCUUGUGCCUAUGUAUCAGGCUUUUAAAAAGAUAUGGCAUUACUUCCAUGAUAGUAUGUUGCUGAAGGAGGCUGUACGGAAGAAUGGUAUCAAUGUGAUGAGCGGGCCAGUGUUUGAUUAUAAUUAUGAUGGACACUUUGAUACACCAAAGGAAAUCCAAAUGCAUGUAAAUGACACGAACGUCCCCAUUCCAACUCACUUUUAUGUGAUCCUUACCAACUGCAACAACACUGCACAGACCCCUCUGUCUUGUGUUGGCCCUUUGAGUGUAAGGUCAUUCAUUCUACCUCAUCGGCCGGAUAACAGUGAGAGCUGCCCGGAGGGCAAACGUUAUCCUCAGUGGAUUGAAGAGCGAAUCUGGGCUCACACAGCACGAGUACGGGAUGUGGAGCUGAUCACUGGACUCGAUUUUUAUCACGACAGGAAGCAGCCAGUCGUAGAGAUUUUACAGCUUAAAACAUACCUACCUGAAUUUACACCUCAUGUUUAAUUAAUGAUUCCAACAAUACUUUGCUUAUUUAGAACUGAUAUGUGUAUAUUGCCUCUUCGGCAGAUAUUCAAAAUGGAUUGAUUAUUGUGAUACAUAUCUAUAAUGAUGAAUCUGAUCUCUUGUUCACAGUUGAUCAAUAUGAAGCAAACAAGUCAAAAAAUAAAAUGGCAGGCAGUUCAAGAUCUUUUUUUAUGUCACUAAGUAUCCAAUGGUUGAGAGGCAUGUCUGUUAGCUGCCGGUGAUUACCCUGAUAACUUCAUCUCUUCCCAAUUGCUCUCAGUAAGAGGCCAUGAUGAAUAAAUCGUAGCAACAAAAUAGGUGUGUGAUCCUCUGUUCUUUGUGCAUUAUAACCAGUAAGUGGCAUAGUUUUGUUACCCAAACAGGACAUAAAUUGGAAGCUGGCACACUCAUUUUUGGGUGUAGAGAUUAGGUAAAUAGUAUAGUUCCGUAGGGGCACACAGAAGCAUGUUUGACACCUUACUGGCUUCCAUGAUAUAGUUCAAUGGUUCCAUUUAAUAUCAGAGAACAUAUACAGUACACAACCUGAAAUUCUUACUCUCUGCAGACAUUCUUGAAACAGAAGAAAACAGCCAAAGAAUGAAUGACAGAAAUAAAACCUAAGAACCCCAAAGUCCCACCCCCUUCCACAUGCAAACUGCAUCAACCCUUCCCCCACUUAUUCUAGCAGAAAGCAUCAGCAUUCCUACCACCCACCACGCCCCAAAGAGAGACCCUGGUCUACAGUUCAUCAAAAACUAGUGUUAUUCCCAACAGUUCAGCAUCACUCCGCCUCUCUCUCGCUAACAAAGGAGACAGAGAGAUAUCACUCCUUCCUCAGCAAGAGGGGAGACAAAACAGUCACUAUUUUGAUGUUAUAUUCUGUCUGUACUUUUAUUUUGAGUUUCUUGGACUCAAGGAUCAGAGAGGGGAGGGAGAGAGAGAUAGAUUACCUGAGUGCAGAGGCCUCCGACAGCUGCACUCGCGGCAUCUUCAUGUUCCAGCUCCCGGCAACACUUCAGUUUGCCACCCUGGCGAGAAAUUGAGUCCACAGGCCGCACCCCGAAGGCACCCGUCUUCAGGCUGCUCCUGGAGAUAUUGAAAAUGUGGCCGAGUGGUGAGCUCCAAGAAUGGGUCUACACAGUUCCUGUGCAGAACCACAGUUUGAGUGUAGCUGUAGAUCACGGACCCCAGAAAUCUUGAAAAAAUAAAUAGAGACAUUAGAAUAAUUUAAACUGUUUCGCUGAUGGGCCAGGAGAAGUCACCCUCAGGUGCCAUCUUUAGCUUUGCACUCCCCCCAUGAUCUUUGUAGGAUUCCUUGCAAAAACCCUGCUUGUUGAAGAUACAGAAAUAUGAAGAUCAGUUUUUGAAUUGUGAUUUUACAUUAAUGUGGAGGAAAGAUGCAUAUGUCCUGGCCCGUGUCAUAUGCCUCUGCCAGCCCUUACUUCCACCUUUCUCUCAUUAU